AUGCGAACCUCCAGUGUCGGACGUGUCGUCAAACGAGCUCCUCGAAAAACAUUACGAAUAUCCAAACAUGCUGCCUCCGACGGAGAGGAAUCAGCAUCGUUACCUCCCCUUUCAACUGGCACAGCAGAGUCAGUUGGCGAUACGCCGACCACCGAUGGAAGUGACCAGGUCUCGAAAUCGCAAAAGAGAACGCGAAAGAUUCUAGGCGAACACUUUCCACGGACUUCAGAUGGGCAGUCAGUCAACAGUGUGGCUCUGGCCCAGUUAUUGGCAGACGAACCACCACCCAUGCUUGCAGAUAAAUGGGCCCAAGAGGUAGCUCGCAUGAUGAGGGGUGAAGAUAUUCAUCAAGAGGAAAUUUCCACCGAACUGAGGGAGGCACAGAGUCGUAAACGGGUCAAGGCUGUCAAGGCUGGAGGUUGGGGGAUUGGUACUAGACAAAAGCGAUCGCUGAUCAGUGCAAUUCGGAAGGUCUACGGUGUGGAGAAGUCCGCAGGGAGCACUGACGUCGGCCAGCAGCCACAGAGGGCCGACGAGCCAGGAUAUCACGACGCUCCUGCGGCUACGCCAAAUUGCGAGGUAGAAUGGGAGGAAUGGGAGGCUAGCAGAGCCAAGUGUAGUUCCAUUGAUCGCGACUGGCGGUUUUGGACACUCCCCCGCGGUUGGAUCCGGCAUAUUGACCGAGAUGAGUCGCAGUCCCACGCACAAAGGCAUGCAGUCAUAGGCAUGAUCCGAGACAGAUACUACACGUGGGAUGCUCCGGAAAAACACUUUUUUGCCAUCACGGGACGGGAGCUUGACAAUAGUACGGAAUGGCUGGAGCCGAAGGGUGCCACAGACAAGAAGGUCGAAGAGCAGGGGCUAAAGAUCAAGAAGCAUGCCUUACGGGGUGACGCAGACGUCAAUUUAAAAUACAGCGCAGUCAGGAUAAUGCAUCACGAUUCGAGGCCCACGCCCCGUUACCGAUUUGCUCCAGACAUCCAGGAUGAGGAGUCACGUUCGAACGCCCAGCUGCAAGACGAUUUACUCGCCGUCAUUGAUGCGCACCAGACAUCAGCCUCCAAAAUUGAUGUGGCUUCUCUUGACGCUAGCCCGCUGGCCACCCAUGAUACGCCUCAGGAUGACGGCCACCUAACUUUUCCACCUCUUCGAUUCCAAGUGGGGACUGCGGCGCUAGCAGACGGCUCCAGGCUGGCUGCGGAGGCUCGUGAGACUUCCUUCCCAGGGUUACAGGACUCUCAUCGCGUCGAGCACACUGAGCAAGCCACAAGCUCUACAGACGAUGAAGCUCUACCAAAAGGCAGCAUCAGAUCCAGGUCUGGUACCAACAACAGAUCGGACGAGCGUCACGAGGAGCCAAUGCUUGAAGCAUACAAGCCCUUCUCCAAUCCAGCACCCUCAGCUGCAACUGCGCGAGGCGGCAGACAAGCUUCUUCUUUCACACCCUCGGCCAGGCUUACUCAGCUGGACAUGUCACCGUCAGCGCAUCCUGUCUGGUCGCAAGCUCGCGCAAUACAUUUCACACGGGUGGCACGGCAACAGCCUGCAGCAGAGCCGAAUUUCGGAGGACACCAUGAAGCUGCACUGCUCGCGAAUCUUAAGUCCUCGAAGCAACCAGACAUCCGCACGCGACUUCGCCAGUGGCAAGACCUUCAUGGCAACAAAGAAGAAGAUACGAAGCAGGAGUCUGUCUUUCAAGACGACCCCCAGACCGGAGACUUUCCCAACUCAGCUACCAGACUGCCCGACAUCAAUCCAUCUCUCCGCAACACCGAAGCGGACCAACAAGAAGAACGCGAGGCGGAGGCACAUUUUAUGAGCAGUCAGGCCGAGGAUCUUGACAGUGGAUUCGAUACCCGAGCACUACAGAUGGGUGAUCUAGUCGAGCUAGAGUUCCUCAACCAAGAUCGAGAGAGUGUCAUUGCAAUAUACAUCCGUCGCUCCUCCCGCACGGGCGGCCAGUUCUUCACCAUAUCGGGACGGUGGAUCUUUGCCGAGGACCGCAUGGUCCCCUAUAGCAUUCCUGGAUGGGUCUCCCCGAAAGCUGUUGAGCCUUUGCUGGAGCACAUGCCUGAAGCUCGUGACGGCGCUGCCAGGGAAGAGCUCUAUGAGCAAGCUUACGUACACGACCUGUCUGUCCCGCGUGAGGUAGCUGCUCCUCUGGUCAGCCGGAUGGUUCAGUUCUGGUCGGAAUCGCAGGAGAUAUACCGCAACAACGCUUCCUCUCUAGAUAAUGCGCACAACAUUUUGGCGCAUGAGACAGACUUGAGAUACGGCUCCUUGGUGUCUGCGGCUACAACAUUACUGCAGGUUCCUGCUGACAAGCUCCCUGCUACCGCGCUGUACACCGUUCGUGCGGCACUUACACGCGCAGGAUUUGCCUUCAACAUAGAUCGUCGGUCGCACCGCUUGACUGGCUACCUCCAGAUUCGAUCCAAGGAGCAGGUGAAGAUGGUGAACACUGUGCGUCGGUGGAUUCGAGACUGGCAAGACGACCUGGCGAAGCGUGCCGCGCUUGCAGGUACUCGUGAUCAACACGUCAAGACUCCGGCCACAGCGCAGUACGUGUACGGCUUCCUGCAGAAAGCGCGCAAUAUCAUCGAGCAAAGCCGCAAGGAUCGCCAUCCUACGCCAUCUGGUACAAUCAGUCCAAGCAAGAAGCGUUUUCCCAUCACACCGAAGCAGAAUUGUGUCAAGGUGACAUCUGAUCUACAAUUCACGGAUCAGGAAGUCGAGAUUGUACGAUUUCUGGAAGCGUGGACAUGCAGUACUCUUUUCAUUGGCUUGCCGGGCUUGCAAUCACUGCCGCCUCUUCUAUUGCAGGCAACUGGAAUGUAUGAAGAUCUCGAUCUCGACAUGGUCACGGGAUGGAUGUUCAUGCAGGAGCUUGGGACCAUAAUGCCGUAUGAGAAUCGCGUCCGCUUUGACCAGCAUCUCCUCCUACCCUCAAGCCAGCACAGCAAGCCGCUGCAGAAUCUCAUGACAUCUCUGCUGGAUAUGCGAGAUAAGCCCAAUUUUUUUGACACGAUGAGCGGAAUUCGCCGCAAUUGGGGCGAUAUGCCUGUUUACUGCAUCGACGAGGCGUCUGCGCAAGAGAUUGACGAUGGUUUAAGCGUGGAACGAGCGGGCGCUGACGAGUGGUGGGUUCGUAUUCAUGUCGCGAAUCCCACAGCGUUCUUCGAGCGUGAUCACCCGCUGGCAAAGAUGGCCAGGCACAUGGGUGAAAGUCUGUACAUGCCUGAGCGGACAUACACGAUGUUGCCUCGUUGGGCAACAGUGAGACAUUUCAGUCUUGCAAAGAACAGACCGUGUUUGACCUUCUCCGUCAGAAUGGACCGCGAAGGACACAUCAAAGAGCACAUGAUCAACUCUGGCUUCAUCCGUAAUGCCAUUAGCUUGACGAAGGAUGAAGCGCAGGAGCUGAUUGGCCACGCUCACGAAGGGCCGCAGAAACGGCAACACACGCUCACCGUUGGAGGUGAACUGCCACCACGCAAACCUCGCAAGAACUUUACCGCCAACGUCACGCCCGAGCAAGUCCAGGAGCUCAGGACGCUGCAUAUGCUUGCGCAAAAGCGAUCGGACAUACGGCGGGCGAAUGGAGGAGUCUCCUAUGACAACGAGCGGCCCGACGUCGAGGUAUGGCAAUCCUGGGACAGCCCUGGUUUGGCUUGGGACCAUCCGCACCGCAAAGGCCGCCGGAGUGUCGAGGGUGACCCUGUCAUCAGCAUGAAAACUCGAGAGCUGGGCAAUGUCUUCGCCGCACCCCCCAGCCCUGCCCAGAUGAUGGUCCAGGAAAUGAUGUUGCUUGCGGGCGAGGUUUCGGGGAUGUGGUGCGCAGAGCGACAGAUCCCUGCGCUGUUCCGUGGCACAUCCAGAAAGCCGGGCUUGCCGGACCCGGACACUUUCUUGCGCGAAGUCUUGGAGCCAGCCACAAAGGCCUCGCCGACUGGUGAACGGCCGAUGCACCUGGGCAUGGACUACAUCAUGCUGAUCGGUAGUGCAGCGCUGCGGACACGGCCGCUCAAGCAUAGGACCCUGGGUCUGAACUACUACGAGAAGGUGACGAGUCCACUACGCAGGUACGGCGACAUGAUUGCGCAUUGGCAGAUCGAAGCAGCGCUGCGGGAGGAAGCGCGGAGGGGCACCAGCUUGGUGACCGAGGACACGAAGGUUGAUCGCAGCUUCCUCCCGUUCAGCGCACGAGUCCUCGAGACCGUCAUGCUCGGCCUGCAGCCGCGGGAGCACAUGAUCAUGCGCGCGAAAAGCUACGCCAAUCAGUACUGGGGCGUCAUGCUGCUGUUUCGCGCCUUCCACCACGGCGAGUGCGAGCUACCAUUCUACACCGAAGCGGAUACUAGCAAAGCGCGGAUGCGUAUGUGGGUUGCGAGCAGCGCGGACUUCGAUCCUCGCGGCUUCGCCCAUGGAUAUAGCGUUGAGCUCAACAUGCCUGUGGCUAUGAGGGACCCGAAGGUGUUCGGCAUGGAAGAGGCGUUGCGGGGAGAUGUGUGGGAGGCGGAGAUCUAUAUGGUGAACGUGACGUACAGGAGGAUCGAGAUUCGGCCCGUUAGGCUGGUGGACAGGCCCGUGGCGACACCGAUCCCGGCGAGUCUUAGAUGGUGA